CGGGCUGAAAAUGCGGUCACAUGACAGGACGCGUUCUAAAUUUACGCAAUCAACAUUCCCACGAUCCAUUCCCUUCUCAACGACGACGACGAUCCUUCCCUUCCUCCUCUUCUGCGACGACCACCAGCAAUGUCCGUGUCGAGCACGCCGUCGUCUAAGCUUGCUCGACGGGGGCCAUUCACGCCUAGCAAGAGGCCUCUGUCGACCUCGUCUCUAUCUUCCAUCUCGUCGUCGUCGAGCAGCAGCAGCGACCUCAUGAACCGCCUUAAUCGUAGCGGCUCGGGCUCUUCUGGUGCCAGUAACAUCCUAGGUUCGACACACAAGCGUUAUAAAGCGCCAGUGUCGUCGGAAUCGAGGCCCAGGACGUAUACCAAACCCCUCUCGACGAUACCGGGGUCGCCGCGACCGAAGACCCCAUACGAGCGCUCCAAGACGCCCACAGUCGAGGACUCACCGACUAGCAAGAUGGACGUCAGUAAUGUCGACCCCGAGGCUGUCUUGGUGGAUUCUGAGACGGUCGAAGCGGAUGUAUCUGCUGAGAUGGACGAGGCAUGGCUGAGGACGAUGAGCGCCAACCAUGGGAACAAGGAUAAGGUGAUGGUCUCUAUCAGGGUACGGCCUUCGAAUACGGAUUCAGCCUGGGUCGCCUCGUCGAGCGCCAGUUCCAUCCAUCUGGAUCCCGUACACGCGAAAUCUGGCGCUCCCAACCCCGCCGACAACAAAUUCGACUUUGACUCUGUCCUUAACGGAUCGCCGAACAAGCCCAUUUACAGCACCGUCGCUCAGUCACACGUCUACGCUGCCAUGGAGGGUUACAAUGCCAUCAUCUUCGCAUAUGGUCAGACGGCGUCCGGGAAGACGUAUACCCUUUCCGGUGACGAGAGCGAACCGGGUAUCAUUCCCCGUGCUAUGAAGGACGUUUUCAGGUUCAUCAAGCGAAACGACGGCAGGGAAUACCUCCUUCGUUGCUCCUACCUCGAAAUCUACAACGAGUCUAUCCAUGACCUUCUGGCGCCCGUCGGAAGUCCGGUUGUGAUGAUUCAGGGUGGUGGAGGAAACGAGGUCAUCUUGACGCCUCUUCGCGAGGAAGUCGUGACGAGCUUGAAGGGCGUCAAGGAUGUGCUGAAGCGCGGGGAGAGCCAUCGACGGACGGCUUGUACCGACUGGAACGAGAGGAGUAGUCGGAGCCACAGUGUCUUCCGACUCGUUGUUGAGAGUAGGGAACGUGGUGAGGCUGUCGACGAGUCGUUCCACGGACGAGUUACUCCAGCGCCGAGUGGAAGGCAGACACCCGGUAUGAGCGGGAGGCAGACGCCGGGUCCUGGUAACAGUAGCAAGCCAGGUCCGAAGUUGCAAGCGAGAGGUGGAAGGAGUGUUCAGACGUCGGUUUUGAGUCUUAUUGAUUUGGCUGGGUCGGAAAAGGCAACGAGUGAUAAAGAACGUACAAGAGAAGGGAAGUACAUUAAUACUAGUUUGUUGACCCUCGGUACCGUCAUCGGGACCCUAUCGGAAAAUGCAGCCAAAGGGAAGAGUGAUCACGUCCCCUUCCGAAACUCAAAGCUUACCCGGAUGCUUCAACCGUCGCUGUCUGGUAAUGCCCGGAUCAGCGUCAUUUGCACGAUCAACCCUGAUAUUAGCGCUAUUGCCGAAAGUACGAGUACGCUUCUCUUCGCCAGACGUAUCAAGGGUGUCAAGCUUAACGCUCAAAAGAAGGAGAUCGUCGAUACGGAUGCCCUCAUCGAACGUUACAGGAAGGAGAUUGAAGACCUCAAGGCUCGUCUUGCAGAGAAAGAGGCCGCUGUUGAUGACCGACGCCAGUCUUCCGCCUCCAUUAAACGAAGACUGUCGGUGAAAGAGAAAACUGAUGAAUCGAAAGCGAUGAAGGACCUGAACAACAGGAUCCAGCAGCUCACGAAGCUGAUCCUAACGAGCCAGACCGUCGAUGAGUCAUCAGCAGACUCGAGGCCAGGAAGUCCCGUUAAGAUCGACUUUGAUAUGUCUCCCUACCAGCUCCAACAAGAACUCCUCGCCGCCCGUGUCCAGCUGGAAUCCCAGGCGACUCAGAUCCUCUCCCUAGAAGCCGCUCUGGAAGCGCGUCCGCUCAUGCCGCCCGAGAAUGAGAAGGACAAAGUGAUUGCCGAUCAAGCGAAGGCCAUCAAGGAACUGGAGAUGGUCGUGAAGGGGUACGAGAGUAAUCUCGGGGAACCAUUGAGGGCCGUUAGAGAGGACGUUGAGCGCGAAUGGCAAGUAAAGGUUGAUGAUGAGACCAGGAAGAGGGAAGAGAAGGAGCGAUGGGCGGACGAGCUGGUGAAACAGUUGGAGAAGGAGAAACAGACGCGUAUCAAGCUUGAGGACCAAGCCCGUGCGCUGACGGCGUUUGUGACUAAGUUGGAUGCUCUUGGGCUUGGCGGGCUCUCGCUGGGCUCGUUUGAUAAAGAGAAUGAGUCUGGUGGGUCGCCUGGGAAGCGCGAGAAAUACGUGAGCCUGCUGGAUCAGGUCCCAGAGGAGGAGUGGAGCAUGACGGGCGAUUUCAGUUUCGAAAUGGAGAAGAUACCUGUGAAGAGGGAGCCUUUCGGCGGGAAGGAGAAUGUCGCACUGUAAGGCAUGCUCUCUCGAACUGGUGACAUUUUCAUUACGUUUUUUUUGUUGCUUUUCUUUCGUUUUCCUCGCAUAUGGCAUAUUUCUUAACUGCUCAUUUAUUAUCCAUUUAACAUUUUUGUGUUUCCUGCUGUCUUCCUUUUUUCGGGUUGAUGGAUAAAAUGUAUACUUACGAACGGAUAGGAUAUGAGCGCUUUUUUUGCUUUUUAAUAACAGUUUAUGCUGGAUAUACUUUUUUUUACAUGUUUCGUCCAAGAGGGCAGUCGAGCAUAUUGUUGUAGGAAAUAUAAAAGGUUUCGAACCUAAGAGUCAGGACAUGUAUCUGGUCAUUCGUAACAAACUGCUCGGGACGGUAUUUAUUCUAGUUUUUAAUCUUCAUGUUCAUCAAAAUUCCGAUAUCGUAGGUAUCUAAGUGAAUCAAUGUAUUCUCUUUUAAAACAAGAUAUGAACCGUAUCUAUCACUGUAAUGUGCGGAAAAUUAGUUCCAAAAUG